AUGGAGUUAGAAGACAUCGUGGAAAAUCAAAAUCUACUGAAGAAAGGCAGAAAAGUAAAGAAACUACCGUAUCCAAAGGCUGUGGGAUUUAUAGUCACAAAUGAAUUCUGCGAAAGAUUUUCAUACUAUGGAAUGCGAACAAUCCUGUCGCUGUACCUGCGAGAUAAGCUGGGCUACAGCGACAAUGGAGCCACAGUCAUCUACCACGUGUUCACUAUGUUCGCGUACUUCUUUCCCCUCAUUGGCGCCAUGAUAGCCGACGGCUGGCUGGGGAGAUUUAGGACUAUAUUAUAUUUAUCGUUAGUUUAUGCAGCUGGAAGCACGUUGAUAUCCAUCAGUGCAAUGCCACAACUAAACCUGCCUACCAUGGAAUUUACCAUCGUAGCUCUUCUCCUAAUAGCCUUCGGUACAGGAGGCAUUAAACCCUGCGUCUCCGCUUUCGGUGGAGACCAGUUCAAGUUGCCAGAACAAGAGAGAUACUUGGGCUACUUCUUCUCUCUCUUUUAUUUCGCCAUUAAUGCUGGCAGUCUUAUAUCAACCUUUUUAACUCCCAUCUUAAGAGCUGACGUCCACUGUUUUGGAGACAACGACUGUUAUUCACUUGCCUUCGGUGUUCCAGGGAUACUCAUGGUCGUUUCUAUUGUUUUCUUCGUGGCCGGUAAGAGGCUCUACAUAAUAAAGAAGCCCGCAGGAAAUGUGCUCGGAAAAGUCUCCACUUGCAUUGGCCAUGCAGUGGUAAAGUCGUGCAAGAGUAAAGAGAAACGCGAGCACUGGCUAGACCACGCUGAUGAUAAAUAUGACUCCAACUUAAUAGAAGAUGUGAAGGCCCUACUCCGAGUGCUAGUGCUCUUCAUACCACUGCCAGUCUUCUGGGCACUGUUUGAUCAACAGGGUUCCAGAUGGACCUUCCAGGCAGACAGAAUGGAACAAGACAUUGGUUCCUGGACUCUAAAAGCUGAUCAAAUGCAAGUGCUUAACCCUCUGCUCAUUUUAAUAUUUAUUCCUAUUUUUGAAGUGGCUAUCUAUCCUUUCUUGACGUGGUGUAAGCUCGUAAGGAAACCUUUACACAAAAUGAUUUGGGGCGGCAUCCUAGCCGCAUGUGCCUUUAUUAUCUCUGGCAUCGUUGAACUUAAUUUACUGCCGACAUACGGUACACCGGUCUCAGAAGGUUUGGCUCAGUUGAGGGUGUACAACGGAUAUAAUUGCAACUUCACUCUUAACACUGCAAACCUCAAUACACUCGAAGACAACGCAACCAGGAACUUUGAAAUCGGCCCUCUUUCGGCGUACGAGAAUCUACAUAUAUUCGCUGAUGACUUUGUGGACCUCCCUUAUUAUUUACAAGGAGAACCUGCCACAGAGUGCGCGGGUAUAGCAUUCAGUGGAUACUUUAACCUAAAGGAGAAAACUGCGAAUUCGUUUUUUAUUAAAAAAGACGGACUAUAUAAUUUCACUGAUAAUAACGAUAAAGCAAUCGAUGGAGUAAAUGUUAGAUUUUUGGCAAACCUGAACAGCGUCGUAGAUAUAAGUAUAGAAAGUGAUAAGAAGAAUAGAUCGUUACUAAGUAUUCAGAGUAACGAUACGUCACAGAAGUCGAUUGCUAAAGGAGUGAGCAACGUUACUGUGGGAGGAUUUGUUGUUUUAAGCGACUUCAACUUUAAAUCUGGAGCUGUUUACACCAUAAAUGUCUAUGAAGACAGUGCUGGGGUUUACAAUGCAAACGCGGUGAUGAUAACCCCAUCGAACAGCAUCCAUAUCCUUUGGCUGAUACCUCAGUAUGUGGUGAUGACGAUGGGAGAGGUGAUGUUUUCAGUUACCGGCCUCGAGUUCUCCUUUACCCAGGCUCCAGCCAGCAUGAAAUCUGUGCUGCAAUCCGUCUGGCUACUCACAGUAGCCUUCGGAAACCUAAUUGUUGUGCUCAUCGUCGAAGGAAACUUUUUGGAUGCACAGUGGAAAGAAUUUUUCUUGUUCGCCGGCCUGAUGUUGAUAGACAUGCUCAUCUUCACAACGAUGGCAUUCAGAUACAAAUACAAGGAACUCAGUUCUAGCGACGAAAACCUUGCGAUUGAGGAAAUCAAGUUGCCAGAGAAGACUUCACAAGACAAAUACGAAAAGAACUAA